AUGCCUUUAAUGGAGAAAGAGAAUGACAUCUUUGAGGAGCAGUCAGGAGAAAUGAUGCAGUCGUAUCACACUCCGAUUGAAAUACUUAAGGAAGGAGGAAUAUCUGCAGCAGAUAUAGGAAAGCUAGUGGAAUGCGGGUUCAGGAGUGUAGAGAGUGUGGCAUUCUCCCCCAGGAAGAAGCUAUUAAGCAUUCGAGGGUUUGCAGAGGCGAAGGUUGACAAGAUAGUAAAAGAGGCAACGAAGCAUGUUGAGCUAGGGUUUCAGACAGCCGAGGUAGUGCACCAGAAGAGGCUGCAGAUGAAGAUGAUCACCACAGGAUCGAGUGAGCUGGACAAGUUACUUGGUGGGGGCAUUGAGACGGGAUCUAUUACAGAGCUAUUUGGGGAAUUCCGUACGGGAAAGACUCAGCUGUGCCACAUGCUUGCUGUUACGUGCCAGCUACCAACAGAGCUUGGUGGGUGCAAUGGGAAGGCGGUGUACAUAGACACUGAAGCUACAUUUAGAUCAGAAAGGCUGAUUGAGAUAGCCAAAAGAUAUCAGCUAGAUCCAAAUGUAGUACUUUCAAACGUAUGUGUUGCCAGAGCGUAUAAUGUAGACCAUCAGAUUGAACUGGUCAAGCAGGCAGGAAGUCUAAUGGCAUCUGGCGAGUAUCGUCUAUGCAUUGUUGACUCUAUUAUAGCCCACUACAGAACAGACUUUUCUGGCAGAGGUGAGUUGAGUGCCCGGCAGAUGCACUUGGGAGUAUACUUAAGAUCACUAAUGCAGCUAGCAGAUGAGUACAAUGUUGCCAUUGUAAUAACCAACCAGGUUGUUGCACAGGUAGAUGGAGCCGCAUCUAUGUUUGGAGGUGAUACAAAGAAGCCAACAGGUGGGCAUGUCUUAGCACACGCCAGUGCCACCAGGCUGUACUUAAGAAAGGGAAGAGGUGAUUUAAGAAUAUGCAAGGUGUACGACUCACCUUCUCUUCCAGAAUCUGAAGCCACUUUCAGGAUUAUUAAGGAAGGUAUCACAGAUGGAGAAGAAUAAUAAACUAAUUUAUCCAAUUUCAUAUUUUAUAAGACCGUAAU